CUCCCUUCUUCCCCCCUCCCCUCCCCUCCCUCCCCUCUCUCCCCUAUCCCUUUCCCUCUGUGAGGGAUUCAUCUAAGGUAAGUCAAUUUGCUGAGGCCAUUCUGGUCUUGGUAUUCUUUCAGCGAUCUGGUCCUUUUCACCUCCCGCUUCGUCCUGUCUCCUUCCUGGCGUCCACGCCUUCACACCGUCGCAAGCGUUCCCGGCUGCCUGCGACACCGCCUCGGCCCCUCCGACAUCACCACCAGUUCACGCACGGUUGUUCUGACUACCCGCGUGUUCAUGCUCUCGACCCUGGCCUCCCCUUCUCCCAUCCAGACCAUUCUAUAAAUCUCCCCCCCUUCUCCCGGGGUCUCUCUGACGUGGUCCCCUGGAGCGUGCGUUCCGAUCGCCGGUUUCGUCUGCUGGUGCCGCAAUCAUGCCAUCGGCCGACGCUUCUUCGUCCGCCCGCCCCAACGGGACCAGCUCGCGGUCUGAUCAGCUCGCUUACUACAAGGCGCAAUAUGAACAGCUAGAAGCCGAACUGGCGGAGUUCCAGGCUUCCAGCCGGGAACUGGAAGCAGAGCUGGAGAAGGAUAUCGAGGCGUCAGAGAAGCGGGAGCGGGUGUUGAAGGAGAAACUGGAAAACCUGAGAUACGAGGUCGACGAAUGGAAGUCCAAAUUCAAGCAGUCCAAAUCGGAGGCCAACACGGCCCAGAAUUCGCUGCAGAAGGAAAUCACAACCUUGCGAGAUGCCAACCGAACCCUGCAGUUGAGACUACGUGAUACUGAAGUUGCGAACGAUGAUUAUGAGCGUCAGGCCCGCCACACCACUUCGUCCCUGGAGGAUAUGGAGCAGAAAUAUAACAUGGCCAUUGAGCGCAGCGUCCUGUUGGAAGACGAGGUGAAGGCCGGAGAGAAAGAGCGCGAGGCUCUCCGCAUUCAAUGCCAGCGUCUUCGGGAUGAACUAUCGGAGCAGAAACUCGACAACGAAAUUCUUCAGGAGAAGCUUCGUCAUGAGCAGUACGGCGGUCGGCGCAAGAAGCCAACGCCUUUGUCCCGCACGGCAUCGUCAACACCGCAGGCCCCCGAGAUUUUCGAUCGCUCCCCGGGCACGUCCGCUGUGUCAUCUCCCCUAUUUGUUCGUACGCCGAUGAAGUCCUCGUUGAUGGGUGUUACUGCAGCUCCUCCAUCGCCACCAAUGUCCGAGACGUCGGUCAGUGUGACCAACAUGAUGGCCAACAUGCGCAAGACAGUUCAUGCUACUGCUGGAUUUCCGCUCCAGAAAGCGUCAGGAUCCGAGUCUCUCAUGGGCUCCCGAUCGAUGUAUGACGCCAGACCCAAUAAGUCUUCCCGAUCUCGCACCACUGGCAAUGCAAGCAACAAUACCCGUUCUUCCGCAUCCACGGCCACGUCCCGCAUUAGCUUGACGAAGCCCGCCAAUUUUGGCAAUUCGAUCAGCUCGAUCAAUUCUCCGCGAAGCGAGAAUGAUAACCAACAGAGUAAUCUGCCCAAAUCGGGUUCGUUGUUCCAGAUUCGGGGCCUCAUCGGCAAGAUGCAGCAGCUGGAAGAAAGAGUCCAGUCAGCCAAAUCCAAGCUGCCUCCCCCGUCCGACUCGCCGUCUCGCACCUCUUCGCGUUCCGGAUCGAUCUCCGUGAAUGGGGGAAGUCCCGUUGCUUCCACCAUCACUAUGCGCCGAAACUCGCGCAAGCGGUUGAGUGGUAGCAGUUUCAGUUCGUCGAUCCGGGAUAAUGAUGGCACGGCAUCAUCUGUCUCCAACAAUCGACCAUCCUUUGGCACCCGCAAUGGAGGCGACAGCCGACCUAGCAGCCGUACUAGCUACUCCAGUGCCUUCAGCCAAAGUACACACCCAAGCAUCGCGCCGUCGACACGCCCAGAGAGCCGCCAGAGCCGGACUAAGACUCCUUUGGGACAUUAUUCGACGAACCCUACCACGGAGAGCCGGCGGCCGCGGUCGUCGCUGAGCAAUCCGUCGGGGCAGAAUGGCUCGGUGAACGGCAUGUCCAACAUCGAUGAAGAUGAGGACCAAAGCCUAGCGUUCCGCUUGUCCGUUCAAGCCAAGAUUAGCGAAGCCCGCGAGACCCGCUUCCCGCCAUACUCUACGGCGACUCUGCCGAAAAGACGGACACCCAGCGGCAUCCCGGCGCCACGCACCUUGCGAACCAGCACUGGCGGAGGCAUGGCAUCCCCAGACCCGAAGGCCACCAAGGUUGGCGACCUCGGCGAGACAUUUUAAGCUUCUUCUUGUUCUUUCCCUUGUUCUUCUUUCAAAUACCCCUCUUUUAUCCCCGAACGGCAAUUGAUUUCAAGGGGGUUUAUGAUGUUCACGGCCGGUACGCAGGUUAUUUUGAUUCGCUUCUUUAUUCCCCUUUAACCCUUGUCAUCCCUCUUUUGCAUCAUUCUCAUUUUCUCCUAUUCAUUGAUUCCCUUCGACAUUGUUCCAUUUACAUCGACUACCCCUGGCACGUUUUUUUUUUUUGAAAGAAUGCCCCACCUAGAGGGGGUCCAGAUCAUUUGGCGGACUUGUUUAGACAGGUUCAUAGACAUCUGCUUUAUCAAACUUAUCGGAAGGUGGCAUCCCAUUUGUGUUGGGAUGGCCUUCGAGUCUGUACAGUCAGUGGCGGCGGAGUUGGAAUUGUGACCGGUUGACUGGCGCAUGGAAGGUUCUUCUAGCCGGGAGGCUUGUCCUCCAACGGCGUCCAAGCUGUGUCUCAGCACCUGAUUUCUUUGAUGUUAUUCUGUUGCUGUGUAUUGAGAGAGUUGCCUAGGCGUUAGGUAAAUACCCAGUGACUUGG